UGUUUCGAAUUUUUUUGUUCUUGAUAUCGCAUCAACACUUGCGCCUUAAUCAUAGGCUUUUCCUUCUGUUCUCCGCGGUGCUAUUUAAUGCCACCGCUCUCUGUCUCUGUCUCUGUCUCUCUCUUCUUGGGGGGUGCAUUGGCCGGGAUCUGCUCGGCAAAAUGUCACCGGGAAAUCAGUUCUUGCUCAUUUUCCGAACGUGGGUUCUCAUGAAAGCUGAAAAAGAACAGAGCUUUGUGGUUUAUCUGUUCAUGUGAAGGCAUUCUUGCUUUGGAACUUAUGGUGGAAAAGAAUUUGUUAAAAAGCCAAAGAGGACUUUGUUUUUUUUUCUGCAGAGCGUGGGUGGAAGUUGAUUUUAGCUUUUUGCAGGCUUUUUCCUUGCUUCAGUAAAUGUCUUGUGGAUCGGCAGUGGUUUAGAGAGGGAGUGACGCUCUUCUUUGAUUUAACUACAAAUUGAUGCUCCCGUGCUUUCUGGGUUUUGUUGAAUUCUGGAGAUUGUAAUGCUGAAGUUGCAAAGAUCACGUCUUUUGGUUUUUGUUUGGGAGUUGAGGUAUGAGGUACAUGGAGAUGUGCAUUGGUCUUUGUGUAACUGCUAAGUAAGUUUACCUACAUCGAGGAGGUUUUAGAGUUUCAAGAUGUCUGUACUCUGCUGGUUGAGUUAUUGACAAUGAGGUCGCCUCGUGGAGAUAAAUGGUGGCUCUUAGAAUAUUGCGAAAGCUCAGAUCAGGGACAAUUACUUGGUACUAAGAUGUGCAGAUUAGAGAAGCGUUUGGAGGAUUGUGAUCAUAGAGACGAGUGUGAAUUGGGGAUGGGAUUCUUGAAAGAGGGAAAGGUCCAGAAAUUCAGGAGGUCGUUAGUUUCAAAGUAUGGAACGAAGCUCUGGAUUCUGCGAGUGACCACGACCGCAUUGAUUUGGAUUAGCGUCGUUCAGUUGAUGGCGAUUGGGGGGACUUGGGGUCCGAGAUUGUUGAAGGACUGGCCUUCUUGUUUUAUUCCUGCAGAUCAUUCUUUGGCAGUUCAAUCAUCUUCUAUACCAACCAAAGUCCGGCUUCCCCCAAAGAGGGUUUACAAGAACAACGGUUAUCUUAUGGUUUCAUGCAAUGGAGGGCUCAAUCAAAUGCGAGCUGCUAUAUGUGACAUGGUUGCUAUCGCCAGAUACUUGAAUGUCACUCUAAUUGUUCCAGAACUGGACAAAACCUCCUUCUGGGCUGACCCGAGUGAGUUCCAAGACAUAUUUGACGUUGAUCAUUUCAUCUCUUCUUUGAGAGAUGAGGUCCGUAUACUGAAGGACUUACCCCCGAGGCUCAAGAAAAGAGUGGAACUAGGAAUGUUCUACUCAUUACCACCCAUCAGUUGGUCUAACCUUUCUUACUAUCUUGAUCAAGUACUUCCUCUGGCAAGAAAGUACAAAGUUUUACAUUUGACUCGAACGGACACUCGGCUCGCCAACAAUGGGGUGCCUCUGGAAAUUCAGAAGCUGCGGUGUCGAGUAAACUUUAAUUCUCUGAGAUUUACUCCCCAGAUAGAGGAAUUAGGUAGAAAAGCCGUCCGGAUUCUGAGGGAAAAGGGCCCCUUCUUGGUUCUGCAUCUGAGAUACGAAAUGGACAUGCUCGCUUUCUCCGGCUGCUCUCAUGGUUGCAACAGUGAGGAGGUAGAGGAGUUGACACGACUCAGAUAUGCCUACCCGUGGUGGAAGGAGAAAGUGAUAGACUCGGAGAUGAAAAGAAGAGAAGGCUUCUGCCCUUUAACGCCAGAAGAAACUGCUCUUGUUCUAGAUGCAUUGGGUAUUGAUCGAAACGUCCAAAUAUACAUUGCUGCUGGAGAGAUAUAUGGUGGAGAGAGAAGGAUGGAAACUCUAUCGUCAUCUUUUCGUAACUUGGUGAGGAAAGAGACUUUGCUGAAACCAGCAGAUUUGAAGUUUUUCCAGAAUCACUCGUCGCAAAUGGCGGCACUAGAUUAUUUAGUCUCGUUGGAAAGUGAUAUAUUUAUUCCAACGUACGAUGGGAAUAUGGCGAAAGUGGUUGAAGGCCAUCGAAGAUUCUUGGGCUUCAAAAAGACUAUUUUGCUAGACAGAAAGCUUCUGGUCAGUUUGGUCGAUCGGUACAUGAAUGGAUCGUUCGGUUGGGACGAGUUCUCUUCUCUCGUUAAGGAAGCUCAUUCACUUCGGAUGGGCAGCCCAAAGUCACGAGUCAUGAUUCCGGAUAGACCGAAGGAAGAAGAUUACUUCUAUGCCAAUCCUCAGGAGUGCUUGCAACUGUUAGAUGAGCCACUGAUAAGUACAUGAUCUGACCACAACCACUGAACAUCAGAAGUGGUGAUGCAAAUGCUGUGGGACGUGCCCUUCACAAUAAUGGCAUCGGUGUGCACGUCAUAGUCGGAACUCAGAAACCCAUUGGGGUCAAGAUUUUCGAAGUUCCGGUCACCGGCGGUUACUGUAAAUGAACGAGACAUGUUGGCCAACGGUAAUUCCUUAUUUUUCCAAAUAAUCAGAUUCAUGUAUCAUUGAAAACUUGCCAUUGAUUGGUUAUUACAUACUCGAGCUGCAAAGAUAAUUAGAGGGUGAUGAAGAUGUCCAACAGUUGUAAUACUCCACCCCCUCCAUGGAUGUAAUGUCAGUUAUACAUGUUGCAAAGAGUUGCCUUCUUAGAA